AUGUCUACAGAACAGCCUCGUACCCAAGAUCGCCCGGCUCUUGGCGAAUCAUGGGUGAUAGCAUCAACUGCUUCUCUGAAGGAAAAAGAAGACCCCACCAAAACACCAAAUACCCGGCAUGAAAGCAGCAAAGUGACCACAAAGACAGCCGACCCGGCAUCAGAGUCGCUGACAUCCUCAUCGUCAUCAUCAUGGACCAUAUCAGGCCCAGAGCUCAUCAUGCCCUCUCUCUGCGAAACGCCUAAUUUAGAGGGGUCAUGGGUAGAAUAUGUACGGAGUCCGAAGCAGCAAGGCUCAGAAAGCAUGAGAAAACGACGCAAAGUUUCCACGCCGAACGGUGCAAAGCAGCGAGAGCAGGGUCAGACCGGCGCUAAAACUGGAAAUGCAGACGCUGGUUCAUCUGCAGAAACGACCACCACCAAGCAAGCCGGCCUGGUUGUGAAAUCCAAGUCCAUAUUUCAUGGCCAUACUGCCCUCGUCCGCAAAUCAAUCAACGCAGUCUUGAUCGCCAUCAUCCUGCACCUGCUGGUUCUCCCCGAGGUAGUCUACCAAGCCAAAGAUCUCUGCCAUAUCCCAAGCAUCAAGACUCUAUAUCCCAACAGCUGCAUCACCUUCCCCGCGACAUACCCACCACGCAGCGCCUACCACCCAUCCGCAAUAUCCCCAGAAGAAACCCUCGCAACCUCCCAGCGCCAACUGGAAUCCAUAUUCGACACCGCGCUCGAAACCCUCACACCUCUAUCCGCAAUCCUCAAACAAAGCGACAGCAUGCUCUCCGACCUAGAAUCGCAACUGAAAUCAACCUUCCCAGACGCUCGCAACGCGCUGGACCUCGAAUUCACCGGGAGCAACCAAGCCGUUCAAACAGCAGUCUGGGAAUUCGAUUCUCUACGCGCAGACCUGCGCUCCGCAAUUGACAGCUUGCUCGCCUCGCGACCAGCAACCGAAAUAAGCGGCACAGCAGCUCUAGACACACGACUCGCGAUCCAAAUGCGACGACGCGAAGAGUACCUAGACCGACUGCGCUCGCAAAUCCGCAGCAAAGCAGACUCCCUCAACACACGAUUCACAACCCUAGACGACCACCUCGAAGCGGUAGAUGGGAUCGUAGCACGGGAAGAACGGCGAAGCCCAACAUUCCACAAGUACCGAUCUUCGUCUGAUGACAGCAGCAGCGACCGACUAUAUUCCGUUCUCGACUCGCUCCCGCUAGGACCAUUCGGGGCAUAUUUGUUCCGGGGACGAUCGUCAGGAGAUGCAGAUGGCAAUCCUGUUGCAGGGACGGAGUCGUCAUCUUCUGCCGUGGCCUCCACUGCAUCCACUGAACCCACACCGACACCCCGGCCCGCGGCAACUCUUGCCCUGCUCCGAGUCGCGGCCACGCACCAUCGUCCCGUUGCUGACUCGGUGUUGCGGCUAUCACGCCAGUUAAGGGAUGUGCGACGUGCGACUGGGGCCGGGUCCACUUGGUGA